CGGAGUUUUCCACUGACGAAAAAGGGCAGCGCGGCGCGGCGCAGCCCCGGCCCCGGCAGAGCGGGAGGCGCCGCGCCAGGCACCGCCGCUGCAGCCGGAGCCGCCGCGCCGACACCAACAGCCGCCGCCGCAGUUACAUGAAAAGUACGGCGUCACCAUGAGCGGAGUAUUGAAAAGGAAGUAUGAAGAGCUGGGGGAUGACAGUACCUACUGCUCCUCCUCCUCCUGCUCCCCUCUCUCCUCCUCAGCAUCCUCAGGAUGGGAGUCAGAUGAGGAGAGUUCCCAUGGGGAGCCCAAGCCCAGCUCUGCCUUAACGCCCAGCUUCACCCCCACCUCUAUCCUGAAGAAAUCCAAGCGACUAAAGAAGAACAAUGUGGAGUUUGACCGGGUCACUGUGUUUUACUUCCCACGCUGCCAGGGGUUCACGAGUGUGCCUAGUCGUGGGGGCUGUACCCUGGGGAUGGUGAGCAAACACAGCUCCUCCCGGCAGUUCACCUUAGCAGAGUUCUCUAAGGAGCAGGAAAACAUUCGUCGGGGGAAACUUGAGGAGAAAUUAAAGGAGGAGAAGUUGGAAGCGUUGAAAUGGAAACUAACCAUGAAUGGCACGAAGGUGUCAGAGGAGGCCAACCAGCUCACCAUCGAGGACAUCUCUGACGAUGACAUUGACGUCAGCAACGUGGACCUGGAGGAUGGCUUCUUCCUCCAGCCCUACCCUGCCAAGAAGAGACGGGCACUGCUGAAAGCACUGGGGGUGAAGAAGAUCGACAAGGAGGAGAAGCGGGAGCUGCACAACAUCCGCUUGUCCCGGGAGGACUGCGGCUGCGACUGCCGGGAGGUUUGCGACCCCGAGACCUGCAGCUGCAGCUUGGCAGGCAUUAAAUGUCAGAUGGAUCACACCUCCUUCCCCUGUGGCUGCACUAAGGACGGUUGUGGCAACACUGAGGGCAGGAUCGAGUUCAACCAGGCCCGAGUGCAGACCCACUUCAUCCACACCAUCAUGAAACUGGAGCUGGAGAAGCAGCAGCAGAGCAAUGAGAAGGUGGCAGAGGCCGAGCCCCCUUUUCGGGAGCGGCUCCCACCCUUGGGAUGCACUGGGGGGAAGGGCUCCUUGGAGGAGCGUGCUGUGCCGCUGGCACCUGCCUUCCAGUUCAGCCCUGACCUGGAGGCCCUGGGGGAGAACAGCUGCAGCAGUGACAUGACAGACUCCUCCAUCUCCUCCCACCCCAGCGAGGACCUGGAGGAGCCCUACGAGAGCCUCCCCUCCGACAAAUCCCAGUCGGACGUGGACGACGACGGCUUGGCACGGAUCCUCCACUUCAACGACUCGGAUGCUGAGGAAGAGGGAGGCCAUGGCCAGGAUGACUUGAGUUGCUUCCAUCCCACUGACUUCUUCAUCGAGGACCACGGUAGCGAGGCCAAGUCUGUCCCAGGCCACUUGUCCCACCUCUCCGAAUGCCUGGAUGAGAAUGCCAACCAGGAUGGUGGGGGUUUGCUGGAGGAUGCCACCCACGCGCGGUGCGAUGGGUUGUCCUGCUGCGCCUCAUCCCCAGCAGAGCCUUGCUCCAAGAGCUAUGCCGACCUCAGCCUUUCCUCUGACUCCUUGGAUUUCUUCCAGUCCUUCUCAGACUAUAACUUGGGACCUCUUUACAACUCCUUAAAGGAGUAUGAGAACCUCGAUAACUUCUCAGCAUUACAGUUUCAGUUGCCUAAUUUUCCUGGCUUCCCGCAAGCUGGAGAUCAGGGCUCCUGUUUCUUGGAGUCCCUCAUUGGUUUGUCUGAAUCUGUCCCUGAAACCCCAGCCCCUUUCACAGACAAUCAACUUUUGGAGGAUGCCAUCAAGUCAUCACUGAUGGAGACAGUGAAAGUGUGAAAUGCCCAUGUGGCUGAGGCAGCAAGGGCUGGUGCCGAAAGGAAAACUGAAAAAUUGUUGGACAGGCAAACUUUCACCAAAAGGAUAAUGCGCUACUCGAAAUUAAGGAAAGAAAAAAAAAACCCAGACAACAACAGCAAAAAGACUUUCCAAGCAAACAAACUAUUUUUGGUCUUUAUAGAAUGUGGACGUUUUGACAUACUGCAGCUACAAUCAGUCCUCUCGCUGUUUGUGCAAAAAUUUCUAAACUUUCAUGAUGGGGUUUGGGGGGAGGGAAGGGAAGAAGACUUCCACGUAUGAAUUUCCUUGUGUUUUGUAUGAAAAGACCUGUCAAGAAAUACUCCUCGCUAACGUUGCCAGUCGUACACACAGCCCCUUCUAGAAACGUUUCAGUGUUGUGGGAACUUUUUAAGACAACUUUUUGAAGCUGUAUUUAUUGUGAAAAUACGUGGUUUGCGUAAGAGUUAGUCCAACGUGCUCUUGCGUUUAAAUCGGACAAGGUUUACAGAAGAGAUCCAUACACCAUAUACAUAAUCAUUCUUCAUCUAUUUAUUGCAAAUUCCAGAAUUUAACUAGCCACUGAAGCUUGAACUAGCAUGAAACCUUAUUUAAAUUGGUAAUACCUCAGAUGUAUUAUGUGUACAAUCAUUAUUAUUUUUUUUGCAUAAUAUAUCUGUAUUUAUUUAUUUUCUACCUGUAGUACAUGAAUAGCACUGUGGUUUAUCAAUGACCUGGAAGGGCAAUAAGGUCUUCAGCAGCACCCAUCCUAAAGAUGACCCUGUUUUUUUUUCCUGAGUCUGAAAGGUGUUGGCUGUUUUGUCUUCACAUUUCUAAAAGAGCAGAAUGCAAAUUGUUGGGAGGGGAGGGAUGGGGGAAAUGUCUGUGCAAUGUCCUUUGGUCACUAUCAGCCUUCUAGUAGACGUGAUGUGUCUGAUCUCCAUAAUGCCACUAUGGAGAAGAAAACCCUCAACUUUUCAAGAAAUAAUAGGAACUAGCUCUAUUUAAACAAGAACAACAACAACAACAAAAAAACCCAACCCACUCCACCACCCUUUUCAUAAGUUAUUUUAUAAUUUAUUUAAUUUCCUGAGCAUUUGGCCAUAAGAUCUGUCACAGUUAGUUGUGGUGCCUGAAUCUGCAGAGGAGCUGUGUGGGGGGGUGUGACAAAGGGGACCUUUGCAGGCCAGGGGGGGCUUUGGGAGAGGAAAGCAAACAGCAGCAACACUGUGCUCAUGCUCCUCAGCAAGUACUCCUUAGGACUUCCCAACAUCAAGAGUGUUGCAUCUCCAAAACCUAGUGGGGUUUAUACUAUUUUAUUGGUUUUUAAUAUAGGUUCAUUGGGUGACUCAAAAUAGAUGGACGGGAAGGUUAUUGGGUUACCCCUCACUCUUCAAGUACAGUUUUAGAGGGAGGGAAAAAAUAAUGCCUGAAAACAAAGCUGAAAAACUUGAAGGAUUUUUUUAUUUAAUGAGAUAAAUCAUUGUGUUUAAGAAGGAUAUUGGGGGCCCUCUUGUCCUUUUGUUAUUUAAAUCAGUUUGAGAACAUGCCACUGUUUGGCCACGAGAUGUAACUGGACAUAAAAUCUUUAUGUCAGUGAUACACUAAGUGCCUAUGCCAGCAGUAUUGGGAAAAAAAACAAAAACAAACCUGCCAGCUUUAAAUCCCUGCUUGGGAAACGUGAAGUUUAGGGAUGAAGUGAUGCCUGGUGUUGCUGGCAUGGGGCAAGGCAGCAGCUUUGGCAGUCCAGCCCUGCUGCCUUGGGAGCUCUAAGGGAUGCAAAGACACUCAGAUGGGGAUGGGAGGAAACCUAAAAUACAGAUUUGGGGAUUUUUCUGUAGGUUGAGCUGCUUAUAUCCCAACAGAGAGGUGGUGCUCUCAGGUACCUGCUAUUCCACAGGUGCCUUGUGCAAACCUGGCAGAAUUUAGGAAACUUCUGAUGGAUGAAUAUGGCGAAGGCUGAGUUGUUUGGGUUGUGGUUUGGUUUUUGUGUUUUGUUUUGUUUUUAAUCAUUAUUAUUACUAUUUAAUUGUGCAUCUUCUCUGGUAUUGAGCCAGUCAGCUUGGAAGUGGAGCUGCUGACCCAGGAGCAGACGCUCACCCCGUGCUUUCCACCGCAUCCUCCCGUGAGGCAUCACCCUGGGGACCUCCCCAUUGGGCAGGAGGGUGACUGUAGGAAUACUACUGGCAGAUGGAGGAUUCCCUGGAUAUAAAUAUAUAUAUAUAUUAAUAAUAAUUAUUACUAUUUUUUGUUGUCAUCACUUCUUUAGAUUGAAAAAAUCCCCUUCAGUUAUCUCCUAGGUGGUAGUUUCUGUCCUUCAGACUGCAUCAAAAAUAUUGACAGUUGAAAGUUUGGUACUGUUCUUUUUGGUAUUUAUUGGCACUAAUAUAUUUUGUAACAUUCCUAGGUUUCUCUACAUAUAUAUAUGUAUUUAUAUAUAUAAAAUAUAUGCAAUAUUUUAUAUAUAUAUAUAUAUACACACACACUUUUUAAAAAAUUAAUGGUGGGGAUGGAUGCCUGCCUAUGUAGAUUUUUUUUUUCUAUAAUUUAUUCUUUUUAUUUGUGUUGGUGCCAAAAAAACCCAUGAUUUUUUCUCUUUUCCCCCCUCCCCGGGCACUGAAUUGUAAAUAUAUAUUUUUUUUCUUCUUCUUGGUAUCUGUGUAAAAAGUUGCCUGUUAAACAGUUUAAAAACUGGGUAUUUAUUGACACAAUCUGUAAUUAUCUAAUGUAUUGAUUGAAACGCUUUGGUUUCAACAUAGCUUUAUUUUAGCUUUCUUUGUGUAUAUAUUGUGAUUAUGUUGCUUAAAGGUACAAGUUAAAAAAAAUGCUUUAUUUUUACCUUAUCCAUUUGCAUUUGUUUAUAAAAAAAGCAUAUUUGUCUACAGCUGCUGUCUCUCAUUUCAUCAAAGCAAUAUGAAGAAAUUUCCAUUACACUUUCAAUAAAAUAAUUUUGUUUGAA